GGACAUAGAAGGGAAGCUCGAAACCAUUGGCGCCCAACUCUUUUGCGCCUCAGAACAUUUUCGUUUAUCGUCCAUCGAACACUCUUCUUCUCCAAUCGAUCCCUUCCUCUUCUUCCCUGAUUCUUUCCUUCUUCUCUAUAAAUUAAUGGCUCUCUCUGUUUAUGCUCUCUUGAUUCCUAUCAAACCAAAAUGGCCAGGCUUCAUCUUUUGCACUCCCCUCUAUCUCCAACCAAAUUCGUCUUCUUGUUAUGGUGCGGCGCUAUUCUGGGUGCCACUCUUGUUGCGUCUCUCUGCUGGGCCUCAUUCUCUUCUGUGUAUAUCCCGAUUUCAUCAAACUGGGUCAUUGGACGCCCUGCCCCUUUAGUUGUUCCCAAUGCCUCCUCUAUCCCGCCUCCCAAGGGAGAUGAUACUUCCACUGCAAGGAAGCUUGGUUCUGAGAAAAAUCUGUCGCCAACUUUUGCCGAUUUACCGGCACCUGAUUUGCCCUGGGAGAAAAUGCCACCGGCACCAGUUCCUAGGUUGGACGGAGCAUCUAUCGUGAUUGAUGAUCUUUUCUACGUAUUUUCAGGAUAUGGCUCUCUUGACUAUGUGCAUUCUCAUGUUGACGUCUACAAUUUCAGCACUGACACAUGGGUAGAUAGGUUUGACACGCCAAAAGAUAUGGCUCAUUCUCAUUUAGGAGUGGUAACUGAUGGGAGGUAUAUAUAUGUGGUAUCAGGACAAUAUGGUCCCCAAUGCAGACCUCCUACUUCUCGUUCCUUUGUGUUAGAUACCCAAACAAAGACAUGGAAAAGUUUGCCGCCGUUGCCAGCUCCUAGGUAUUCUCCUUGUACUCAAUUGUGGAGAGGAAGACUCCAUGCCAUGGGUGGCGGCAAGGAGAAUCGCCAUACGCCUGCAUUAGAACAUUGGAGUCUCGCUGUAAAGGAUGGUGAAGCUUUGGACAAAGAAUGGCGGUCUGAAAUUCCCAUUCCACGUGGUGGACCACAUAGGGCUUGCGUCGUGGUCAAUGAUCGACUAUUUGCAAUAGGUGGGCAAGAGGGUGAUUUUAUGCCCAAACCCAAUUCACCUAUAUUCAAGUGCUCCCGCCGGCAUGAGGUGGUCUAUGCUGAUGUUUAUAUGCUGGAUGAAGAAAUGAAGUGGAAGAAUUUACCACCUAUGCCAAAACCAGACUCCCACAUUGAGUGUUCUUGGGCAGUUGUCAACAACUCAAUUAUCAUCACUGGGGGCACAACAGAAAAGCACCCAGUUACAAAAAGGAUGAUCCUGGUCGGAGAGAUCUUCCGGUUUAAUUUAGACACCAUGACAUGGACGGUGAUCGGAAAGCUUCCUUUCCGUGUGAAAACUACGUUAACUGGUUUUUACAAUGGAUGGUUGUACUUUACAUCAGGACAGCGGGACAGAGGGCCUGAUAAUCCACAGCCAAGGGAAGUGAUUUCGCAGCUGUGGAGAACAAAAUUAAGUAUUUUGAUGUAGUUCGAGACAUAAACAUGCUGCAGCACGUCAAGCUUUUCAAUUUUUGAUUCUACCUUGUUGCCUUCGGUCGAUCAAAUUGUAACUCUUUUCAAUCUCUUAAUUCCCUAAUUUGGUUAGCUACUACACAGUUUUGUUCAUUAUAAUGUACAGAUAUUAAUGGACAGGUUAGACUCAUAAUCAGUUGUAUUUUUUGCCCACUGUAUACGGGUUAAAGUUGCAGUUUCCCUUAAUUUUUUAAUUUAAAUGUAUUUUUGUGUCAAAUUGAGUAAUCCCAUAUGCCGAGUAAUUGACUAAUUGUAGUUUUUCUGGGCCUUCAAUUGAGUGAUCAACUCUAUUUUUUCCUAA